AUGACUUCCAGCGGCAGCUCAACACUGUCCGUCCCAAGCUUGUACAAUGCUUCUGCAUCGGAUGACAAUGAGUCCACUUACCUGAAGCGCAUGCGCAUCCUUCAUUGGUCUCAACUCGUGCUUGCGUUGAUCAUAUUCAGUGUUGCUGUUUCAGUCAUAGGCUGUGAGGCCGCCCCUUUGAGGCAUUACAUGGCCACUUCUGCGUAUAAGCAUGUCUGGUUGUCUCUAUGGCCUUUAAAUUUCGAUCUUCGCCCCACAGUCGGACUCCUAUCGUGCGGCUGCAUCAUUGUGUUCCAAAGUAUGAUCUACGUGGUCGCUGCUCUUCUUCCUUCGCAUAAUUCGCAUAUAAAGGCUCUUAACAUCCUCGCUACAGCGCAUGCAUUCUCUGGGUUUAUAACGGCCUUGGUAGGCGUCGCGUUUGGCAUCUAUCUCCCUUCCUCCAAAUACCCCAGCGGAUUCACCAAAAACGAAACCCUCCAGUCCUGGACAUGCAAGUGGAAGAGGCCCCUGGAUGGAUCGAAUAUUGACUCCGAUGACACAUAUCUCGAAGCACCCGCGCAUUUUGCCCGUGAUUGUGCUGCGAGUCGCGCCGGGUUCGCGCUUACAUGCGCUCUUAUCGGCCUGGAGGUCGUUAUGGGCAUUGCAGCAGCAGCGGGUUACCUGUUUAUGAAGAGAAUGGCCAAGCGGCGAAAUCGCGACAUGUCAGAGACUCUGGAAGUGAAAGUCAUGGAUCCUUUAAGUGAUAGACAGAUUAUUGAUUAG